UGCAUGAUUUGGAGGUAAUACGCUGUCAUCGGUUUUAUGUGAAAUGUAGCUACAGAUUUGUGUUUUGAUCUGUUACAGUGUGUCACUCUCAGAGUAUAAAUCUGCCAACAUUUCUAUCAUCUGAGGUUUAAUCUGUUCUGCUUCUUUAGGGCUGUACUGCUUUGGAUGGAGAACCAAACCUCGGUGAUUCCUCUCAAACAGCCGAUUGUGUUUGAACUGGAGGGCUUUGAUGUUCAACCAGGCAACGGACCGUUCUUGUUUCUGUUGGCUUUGCUCGCCUACAUAGCGGUGCUACUGGGGAACGGUGUGGUGAUCUGUGUUAUUAUGACAGACAAGAACCUGCACAGACCCAUGUUUGUUAUGAUCUGUCACCUCAUGGUCUGUGACCUGCUGGGGGCCACAAUGGUGCUUCCUCGCCUCAUGAUGGAUCUGUUGAUGGGGCUGAAGAAGAUCGCCUACAUCCCAGCCAUCGUCCAGGCAUUCUGCGCUCACACAUACAGUGUAGCAAUGUCGACUGUUUUAACUGCGAUGGCCUAUGACAGGUAUGUGGCAGUGUGUGAGCCUCUCAGGUAUCUCUCCAUCAUGACUUCGGCUCGGCUGCACAGCUGCUGCGCUGUGGCCUGGAUCGUUGCUCUGCUGCUCAUCGCUGUGCUCUUCUCCUUCCACAUGAACGUCCCGCUGUGCGGUCGACUCAUCCAAAAUGUCUACUGCAGCAACCGGGGCAUCCUGAACCUGGCCUGCAUUCCCACGCCUGCCAGCAUCGUCUAUGGUCUAACAAUCACCUGGGUUUUCGGCGCAUUGACCUUCAUUCUCAUCGCUUUUUCCUACAUCAGAAUCAUGUGUGUUUCCUUAAAGCAGGGCAGAACAAACUGCAGCAAACCCAACAAGAUUUUUCAGACCUGUGUUCCACACAUUCUUGUGUAUCUUCUCUAUUACUUCGCUGCAUUGAUAUUAACAUUGAGUUACACUUUUCCCUCUCUUCCCCAAAAUAUAAGAAAGUUCUUAAGCAUCCUUGUCCACAUCAUUCCCCCGAUCAUCAACCCUCUCAUCUAUGGGCUGGUCAGUAAAGACCUGAGGAUCAGAUUUAUCAAAUAUUUCUCCAUCAGAGUGAGAAACAAAACUUAG